AUUUAUUCUCGUCUUAUGCUUUGCUUCCUGUCAUGGCGGAAGCAGGCCGAACACAACAGUAGUUUAAGAUGGCGGCAGUGGCUAACAGGGCAAUAGGAGCUAUUGUGGGAUCAGCAGUUGCAGAUGCAGCAGCGCAGCCUCUCCACUGGGUCUAUGACCUCCAGAAGCUGCAAGAGAUCCUAGGUCAGGAGCCGAAUCCGGAAUUCCACUCGGAAUCAGCCAACCCCUUCUACAAGAGACAGACGGGCCAGCAGAGCUGCUAUGGGGACCAAGCAUAUGUCCUGCUUGAGUCGUUGUCUGAACGUGAAGGUUUAAAUAUUGAUGAUCUGAAACAGCGCACACUAAAAUUCUUUGGGCCGGGGUCAGAGUAUGACACGCCUGUCAAUGAUCCUUACAGGCAGAGAGGCGGUCCAAAACCUCAGCUCCCAAUUGAGGGACCGUGGAGACAUGCUAGUUUAAAAAGCUUCCUGAAGAAUGUGGAUUCUCACAAAGAGGAGACAGGUUGUGAGACUGACUGUCAGAUUGAUGGAAUAGCUAAACUUGCUCCCAUAGUGGCCUUUUACGCAGGGAAGCCAGACAUGUUGGAAAAGGUUGAGCAGGCCGUCCGGGUCACACAAAACAAUGAUGUGUGUGUGGCAGAGACUUUGGCAGCUGCCAGGUUCUUGGAGUAUUUCAUCCUAAAUGGUCCGGAUCCGAAAGCUCUGGAGGCCGUUCUCGGUCAGCUCAAUGAUCCAAACGGAAAACAAGCACAGGAUUUGGACCGAGCUGUCAUUGGGCAUAUUCUUCAGGUAAAGGAGAAUUUAUCCAAAACCCCCCAGGAGCUUAUUCCAGCCAUCUUCCCCAACACCUGAGGUUUGCCAGGUGCGUUCCAAGCAGCGUUGCAUGGAGUCCUUACAGCCAAGAACUAUGAACAGGCAGUCAGAGAAACCAUGCGCUGUGGGGGAUGCACCUGUAGCAGAGGCUCCUUUAUUGGGGCUUGUCUUGGUGCUCAGCUUGGGUUUGAGGGAAUUCCAGCUGCCUGGGCCUCCAAAACUCAGCGAUAUGAAUCUGUGUUGGAGCACAGCAGGAAGAUAACAAAACACCACCAGUAGUUUAUUUAUUUUCUUUCUUUCUUUCUUUCUUUUUCUUUCUCUCUCUCUCUCUCUCUCUCUCUCUCUCGCUCUCUCUCUCUCUCUCUCUCGCUCGCUCUCUCUCUCUCUCUCUCUCUCUCUCUCUCUCUCUCUCUCUCUCUCUCUCUCUCAGACACCCUUGAUAGAGAACAUUUCUGUAAACAGUUGAACUUUCACAGAGCAGUCAAUGAAGGUUCUUGUCUAAAUUGUUGACAAGAGUUGGAUGUUUUUGUUUUGAUGAAUGUUUAGCUUGCUUCAGUUGCUCAUUUCAUGGAUUUGUCUGCUACUCUUGAACUAAAAAUAAAAAAUGAAAGAUUA